UCUCGGCGGAGCGGCGGCGGCCGCGCUCGGGGGGCGCGCGGCUGCGGCUGCGGCGGCGGCGGCGGCGCGGCGCUUGAAGGGGCCGCGUCGGGCGGAGCAGCGCGCCGCCAACAUGUCGGAUACGAAGGUAAAAGUUGCCGUCCGGGUCCGGCCCAUGAACCGAAGAGAGCUGGAACUGAACACCAAGUGCGUGGUGGAGAUGGAAGGGAACCAGACGGUCCUGCACCCUCCUCCUUCCAACACCAAGCAGGGAGAAAGAAAGCCUCCCAAGGUGUUUGCCUUUGAUUAUUGCUUUUGGUCCAUGGAUGAAUCAAACACAACAAAAUACGCUGGUCAAGAAGUCGUUUUCAAGUGCCUCGGGGAAGGGAUUCUUGAGAAAGCCUUUCAGGGAUACAAUGCUUGUAUCUUUGCAUAUGGCCAGACAGGGUCUGGAAAGUCCUUUUCCAUGAUGGGCCAUGCAGAGCAGCUAGGCCUUAUCCCAAGGCUCUGUUGUGCUCUGUUUCAAAGAAUCUCCCUGGAGCAAAACGAGUCACAAACAUUUAAAGUCGAAGUAUCAUAUAUGGAAAUCUAUAAUGAGAAGGUCCGGGACCUAUUGGACCCCAAAGGGAGCAGGCAGUCACUUAAAGUCCGAGAGCAUAAGGUCCUGGGGCCAUAUGUUGAUGGCCUGUCUCAACUGGCUGUCACCAGCUUUGAGGACAUUGAGUCACUGAUGUCUGAGGGAAAUAAGUCGAGAACAGUAGCAGCAACCAACAUGAAUGAGGAAAGCAGCCGAUCCCAUGCAGUGUUCAACAUCAUCAUCACUCAGACGCUGUAUGACCUACAGUCUGGGAACUCUGGGGAGAAAGUCAGCAAGGUGAGCCUGGUAGACCUGGCGGGGAGCGAGAGAGUGUCAAAGACUGGAGCUGCAGGGGAGCGGCUGAAAGAAGGCAGCAACAUUAACAAAUCCCUGACAACCUUGGGAUUGGUUAUAUCGUCACUGGCUGACCAGGCCGCUGGGAAAGGCAAAAACAAAUUCGUGCCUUAUCGAGAUUCGGUCCUCACUUGGCUGCUUAAGGACAACUUAGGAGGGAACAGCCAGACCUCUAUGAUAGCGACCAUCAGCCCAGCAGCAGACAACUAUGAGGAGACACUGUCCACGCUAAGAUACGCAGAUCGAGCCAAGAGGAUUGUGAACCACGCUGUCGUGAAUGAGGACCCCAAUGCCAAGGUCAUCCGAGAGCUUCGAGAGGAAGUGGAGAAACUGAGAGAGCAGCUCUCGCAGGCUGAGGCCAUGAAGGCUCCUGAGCUGAAGGAGAAGCUCGAAGAAUCUGAGAAACUGAUAAAGGAGCUGACAGUGACAUGGGAAGAGAAGCUGAGGAAAACGGAAGAGAUUGCACAGGAGAGACAGCGGCAGCUGGAGAGCAUGGGGAUCUCCCUGGAGACCUCUGGCAUCAAGGUGGGGGAUGACAAGUGCUACCUCGUCAACCUGAAUGCAGACCCUGCCCUCAACGAGCUUCUGGUUUACUAUUUAAAGGAUCACACCCGGGUGGGUGCAGAUACCUCUCAGGACAUCCAGCUCUUCGGAAUAGGGAUUCAGCCGGAGCACUGUGAGAUCGACAUCGCAGCGGAUGGAGACAUCACUCUCACGCCCAAAGAAAACGCAAGGUCCUGUGUAAAUGGCACCCUUGUCUGCAGUACUACCCAGCUGUGGCAUGGCGACAGGAUCUUAUGGGGAAACAACCACUUUUUUAGAAUUAACUUGCCUAAAAGGAAGCGGCGGGACUGGCUGAAAGACUUUGAGAGAGAACCCAGUACUGCAGAGCACGACGUAGACGCUGCGAGCGAGGCCUCGUCAGAGCCAGACUACAACUAUGAGUUCGCACAGAUGGAGGUCAUCAUGAAAACACUGAACAGCAAUGGUGGCUUCCCAAUCGUAAGCCUGUCAGCCUGGUGGUCUUCCCCGUGGUGGUCCUACCUGAAGAUCCUCUUCCCCCUCCUGUGGUUUCAGACGAAGCUGGUCCACCAACACUGGGAGAGAGAUCCAGUUCAAAAUGUGGUUCAGGUCCUGGAGAAGCAGUACCUGGAAGAGAAGAGGACCGCCCUGGAGGAGCAGCGGCUCAUGUACGAGCGUGAGCUGGAGCAGCUUCGCCAGCAGCUCUCUCCCGAGAGACAGCCGCCCAGCAGCGCCUCCGACCGCCUGGCUUACAGCAGCCAGACAGCCCAGCAGAAGGUGACCCAGUGGGCAGAGGAGAGGGAUGAACUCUUUAGGCAAAGCUUGGCCAAGCUUCGAGAGCAGCUGGUAAAAGCCAACACUUUGGUGAGGGAAGCCAACUUCCUGGCUGAGGAGAUGAGCAAGCUCACUGACUACCAAGUGACGCUGCAGAUCCCUGCAGCCAACCUCAGUGCCAACAAGAAGAGAGGAGCAAUUGUCAGUGAGCCAGCCAUCCAAGCCAGGCGGAGAGGAAAGAGCACCCAGGUCUGGACCAUUGAGAAGCUGGAGAAUAAGCUAAUUGAUAUGAGAGACCUUUACCAAGAAUGGAAAGAAAAUGUCCCUGAGGCCAAGAGGCUCUAUGGGAAGCGAGGUGACCCUUUUUAUGAAGCUCAGGAGAAUCACAACCUCAUUGGUGUAGCUAAUGUGUUUUUGGAAUGUCUCUUCUGUGAUGUGAAGCUUCAAUAUGCAGUACCCAUUAUCAGCCAGCAGGGGGAGGUUGCCGGGCGUCUCCACGUGGAGGUGAUGCGUGUUACAGGAACUGUUCCAGAGCGUGUGUCGGAAGAUGACUCUUCAGAGAACUCUAGUGAGAGUGGGAGUCUUGAAGUGGUGGACAGCAGUGGGGAAGUCAUUCACCGGGUCAAAAAGCUGACAUGCCGGGUGAUAAUUAAAGAGGCAACCGGGCUACCCAUAAGCCUCUCAAAUUUCGUCUUCUGUCAGUACACGUUCUGGGACCAGUGUGAGUCUACAGUGGCUGCUCCGGUAGUGGAUCCAGAUGUGCCUUCCCCACAGUCCAAGGAUGCCCAGUACACGGUGACCUUCUCUCACUGUAAGGACUACGUGGUGACUGUCACAGAAGAGUUCCUGGAGUUCAUUUCUGAUGGCGCGCUGGCGAUUGAAGUGUGGGGCCACAGGUGUGCUGGGAACGGAAGCCCCAUCUGGGAGGUCGAUUCGCUCCAUGCGAAGACAAGGACAUUGCAUGACAGGUGGAAUGAGGUGACCCGGAGAAUAGAGAUGUGGAUCUCCAUACUGGAGCUGAAUGAGCUAGGGGAUUAUGCUGCAGUGGAACUUCACCAGGCAAAAGAUGUCAACACUGGCGGUGUCUUCCAACUCAGACAGGGUCACUCCCGUAGAGUGCAGGUCACAGUCAAACCUGUACAGCAUUCAGGGACACUGCCACUCAUGGUUGAAGCCAUCCUAUCCGUAUCCAUUGGCUGCGUGACUGCCAGGUCCACCAAGCUGCAAAGAGGGCUGGACAGUUACCAGAGAGAUGAGGAGGAUGGCGGUGAUAUGGAUAGUUAUCAGGAGGAAGACUUGAAUUGUGUAAGAGAGAGAUGGUCAGAUGCGCUUAUUAAACGACGGGAAUACUUAGACGAACAGAUUAAAAAAGUCAGCAAUAAAAAAGAGAAAACAGAAGACGACAUGGAGCGGGAAGCCAGGCUGGUGGAGCAGUGGGUGGGGCUGACGGAGGAGAGGAAUGCUGUGCUGGUGCCCUCCCCCGGCAGCGGGAUCCCCGGGGCACCUGCCGACUGGGUCCCACCUCCUGGAAUGGAAACACACAUCCCUGUUCUCUUCCUGGAUCUGAACGCGGAUGACCUCAGUGCCAACGAGCAACUGGUGGGCCCUCAUGCGUCGGGUGUGAACUCCAUCCUGCCCAAGGAGCAUGGCAGUCAGUUUUUCUACCUGCCCAUCAUAAAGCACAGUGAUGAUGAGGUUUCAGCCACAGCCUCCUGGGACUCCUCGGUGCACGACUCUCUUCACCUGAACAGGGUCACACCACAGAAUGAAAGGAUCUACCUGAUUGUGAAGGCCACCGUUCAGCUCAGCCACCCAGCCGCCAUGGAGCUGGUGUUGCGGAAGCGGAUUGCAGCCAAUAUUUAUAACAAGCAGAGUUUCACCCAGAGUUUGAAGAGACGAAUAUCACUGAUCAAUAUAUGUUACUCCUGCGGCGUGACCUAUGAGAUAGUAUCCAAUAUUCCAAAGGCCACAGAGGAGAUUGAGGACCGGGAAACCCUGGCCCUCCUGGCAGCUCGGAGUGAGAAUGAGGCCACUUUGGAUGGGGAGUCAUACAUCGAGAAGUACACUCGGGGUGUGCUACAGGUCGAGAAUAUCCUGAGCCUGGAACGGCUCCGACAGGCAGUCACGGUGAAGGAAGCAUGUGCCACCAAAACGAGGCACAUUCGGAGAAGCCUUAGUACACCGAAUGUUCACAACGUCUCCUCUAGCCGGCCAGAUCUCUCUGGCUUCGAUGAAGACGAUAAGGGCUGGACUGAGACCCAGUUAGACAUGUCUGACUACAGCUCCAGCUACCAAGAUGUCGCAUGCUAUGGGACUUUACCCAGGGACUCGCCUCGCAGGAGCAAGGAAGGUUGUCCAUCAGAGAAUCCUCAUGCCUUAACAGUCAGCCCUUUUAAAGCAUUCUCUCCUCAGCCACCAAAGUUCUUCAAACCCUUAAUGCCUGUAAAAGAGGAGCAUAAGAAAAGGAUGGCCCUGGAAGCAAGACCUCUCCUGAGCCAAGAGAGCAUGCCUCCAUCCCAGGCACAUAACCCUGGCUGCAUUGUGCCCCCAGGAAGCAAUGGCAGCUGCAUGCCAGUAGAACACAGUAGCAAAUCCGAGAAGAAGAUUGACUCGGAAGAGGAGGAAAAUGAGCUGGAAGCUCUGAGCAGGAAGCUGAUGCAUGCCCAGCCUUAUGUGCCCGUGGAGUUUGCUGACUUCAGUGUUUACAACGCCAGCUUGGAGAACAGGGAAUGGUCGUCUUCUAAAGUGGACCUGACAGACUCAAGAGCCUUGGAGAAAGCAGUGUCUCGUAGCCCUACUACCAGCAGCCUCACCAGUGGCUACUUCUCCCACAGUGCCUCCAACGCCACUCUGUCUGACAUGGCAGUCCCUUCCAGUGACAGCUCAGACCAGCUAGCCGUCUCAACGACAAAGGAGGCAGAGUGCAGUGAGCCCCCGGGACCAUCACUUGCACCUGAUGUCAGACCAGCUUCGAAUCAAGAGCUUACAGAAGUAGAAAAAGGCUUAGGGAAGGCUAAGACAAUCACCGUGUCACUCGAGGAAAACAGUGCCUUACCCAGGGGGAUCCCAUCACCCCAGCGCAUCCCUGAGGAAAAUCCCAGAAUGCCGUGCAGGACUGCUUCAUGUUCAGAACAUCCAGCCGGCCCUAGCAAAGAUGGCCACCAAGCUAGAGAAUUCUGCCCAGGAGAGGUGACGAUAGAACACACUACAAACAUUUUGGAGGAUCAUUCCUUCACAGAGUUCAUGGGUGUGUCUGACGGCAAAGACUUCGAUGGGUUAGCAGAUUGCUCUGUAGGAGAGCCCUCUGGUAGGAGGGAUCUAACGAAUGAAACACACCACAAAGGCAUCCCGGAAGGACCCCCGGACGCUGACCCGCUGCAUUCCAAGAUAGAGAACGACCAGGAAGCCACUCGGUAAGAGACAGCCGUGCCUCUCCAGUUCAUCCGUCUCACCCUGGGACAGUCCGUGCUGUGCUCCAACUUCAGACAGCUGUGACCCAGCUCGACCUCAGACCAGCAUGGGGGAGCCCUGCACUUCCCCUCCCCAGUGGGAAAAGCAGCACUUUGUCCCAAGGCGAAUCACAGCCUCUGCUCUUUCCAGAAAGGAAGAGUGUGAAAAAGGCUUACCUACGUGGCAGUAUUUUCGUUAGCACUUCCUACAUGCCCCCACUGUGCAGAGACCUCCGCAGACUCAAACUUUAUUCUCGUACAUUUUUAAUCAGUUCUUCCUGCAGACUCUGGAGUCAGUGCUCUGAUCUCUUUUUUUAUAAAUAAUAUAUAUAUUAUGUAUAUGAAUUGUGUAUCUACGGUAUGUCUAUCCAGAGACAUAUCUGCACACUAAAAGGCAGAUAGAUGAUUUGUUGAAAAUCACAAGGUACUGGACUUUGUUACAAAGCGACCCGAAUGACUGCUUUGCCACCAGCAGAUGAAAAGCAUAUUUUAUAUUCUGUAAGGAUGUGGUUCUAAACCCCUCUUUAUAGAAAAGGUUGCAGGCACUGUUCUUCAUAACCAAAGAACUUCCAGGACACUGAACAUCUUUGCUGUCUACUCUUGUUUUGUGUGAGUAUAUAAUCUCACUCCAGUCUGGUGCCAUACUUCCCUUGCCUACCAAGCCACGUGCUGCCCUGGUCCCUGUCCCCUUUCCUAAGCACACUGAGAAAUCGCACAGCUGUAACCUUCGGUCUUCCACCUAGCCUGGUACCUACUGACUUGAUAUUGACAUGGCUGGGGCUCCUACUCUAGUCCAGCAUUUCUCACAUCCCGUCCACCUAUCCAAACAGGUGGAGUGCACAGGACAGUGUUACAACCAGCAACAGAACGAUGUACCGCAAGUUGGGGAAGAGUCUUGAUUUGCGACUUCUUUAUCAGUCUGUCUGUCUGUCUAUCUGAAGGUCGCUGGAUUCUCUUGUGGUGUGGGUUCACCAUUUUGCUUGAGUCUGGAGAAUGCUGAGGAGGAGGACUGAGCUAUCACGGCUGUGGGUUUGCACAGUCACCUGGUCUGAGGGGAUUAAACGUUGGGCUGCUUUGUUGUCUUUUCUUUCUUCCUCAUUUUCAAAGUAUCCUGAGAGGAGAGGCAUUGUAGGAUCGUGGUGUGGAAAAUUUUACGGAUAUAUUUUAUGUACUUGCUCUGUACAUACAUACAAAUGUAGAUGCCUGUACAAUGAACCUCUAUGUACAGCUACACGUGUGUUGUGAGAAAGUGAGAGAGCAUGUGUGCAGCCUGCUGUACUUUUUUUUUUUUUAAUUCUUAGCAUUGGUGAGGGAGAGAUGGGAGAUUCUAUUGACAAGCUGCUGUUCUGUGUGUAUAGUGAGCUGACGGUAGUAUUUUACUAUCAUCUGUUUAAAACAAAAACUGUAAUUUAUAUUCCCUUUCAACUUUAUUGUAUUUAAUUGGUACAGAUUUGUGUGGUGUUUUAGAAUACAAACUGUCUAAUUCAGAGUU